AUGGAGGUGGCAGCCUUAAAGCUGCUCCUCCUGGACCCGGGAGAUGAAGGCACCCAGAGGUGCAGAGUAGGGCCUGCCACCUUCUCCGCCCUGGGCGCCAGGGUCGGCGCUCCGCUGAGGAUCUCGCUGCCUACCGGCUGGUGUUUGUGGACGGCGUGGGCCAGGCACGAGUUGGCGGAUGGGUACCUGCAGGUUGAUCUGACCUGCAGAACCGCGGGUGUUGCUGCAGGGGACCUAAAGGGUCUCACGCUGAAUGUCGGCCAGCUGAAGCUUCUGGCCUAUCGUCAGUUGAAGAAGGCGACCGUGAAAUUGGUCCUUAAGAGCUCUGCACUGAAAAACUCGACUCCCAGAGCAGUGUUGCAGGAGACCAUCAGAGAACUGCUACGAAAUGUUUAUGUUUCACUUCAUUAUGUUGUAACUGUUGCCCCAAAUCUUGAAAAUCCCGUGGUGUAUAUUGAAAUACUGUCCAUAGACCCUUUGAUGGAUGAAGCUGGACUGAUAACACCCCAAACAAGUAUAAAAAUUAAGGAGGUGGUCACUUUUGAAUGGCACAGACAUCUCUCAGAAGACACUGCAAAAACUUCAAUUGCGGGACUAGAUGAUGUGCGAAAGUCUUUGAAAGAAAUGGUUUAUCUGCCUUUCUGCUUUCCAAAAACUUUUAAGAAGCUGGGGCUAUCUGUCCCUAAUGGAGUGCUAUUAAUAGGUCCCCCAGGUGUAGGGAUAGCAAAAGAAGUGGGUGCGUACCUGUUUUGCAUCAGUGGCCCAGACCUGUAUGGUUCAAGACCAGGCGAAAGUGAAGAGAAUUUGCGAAGAGCCUUUGAAAAGUGCAGAGCAAUGUCAUAUGAAGGCCCAACCAUUCUCUUUAUUGAUGAAGUUGAUUCUCUAUGCCCAAAGAGAGGAAGUUCAAACACUGCUCCUGAAGAUCGUAUUGUUGCUCAGUUGCUAACGCUACUGGAUGGUGUAGGUAGUGAGGGUAAGAUGGUCGUUAUAGCAGCAACAAACAGGCCUGAUGCCUUAGACCCUGCAUUAAGAAGACCUGGCAGAUUUGACAGAGAGGUUAUUAUUGGGACACCAACACUUACACAAAGAAGAUCCAUCCUGCAGUUGCUUACAUCUAGUAUGCCAAUUUCUGCAGAUGUUGAUUUGGUUAAACUGGCAGAAAUGACAACUGGGUAUGUUGGAGCUGACCUUACAGCGCUCUGCAGAGAAGCUGCUAUGCAAGCUGUGUUCCACAGCUCUUUGGAUUCAACUGAAAUGGUGGUUAACAUCGCAGAUUUCCAAGAAGCUUUUAAAAAAAUUCAACCGUCGUCUUUUCGAAGUGCAAUUGGACUAACAGAGUGUAAACCUGUUACUUGGGAGCAAAUUGGUGGUCUUGAAGAUGUGAAAUUAAAGUUAAAACAGAGUAUUGAGUGGCCCAUGAAAUUUCCUCAGGCGUUUGCUAGGAUGGGCCUGUCUCAUCCAAAGGGUAUUCUUCUCUAUGGGCCAUCAGGGUGUGCCAAAACCACACUGGUGAAGGCUGUGGCCACAAGUUGUCAUUGUUCCUUUCUCUCUGUAAGUGGUGCUGACCUCUUCUCGCCUUAUGUUGGAGAUUCAGAGAGGAUUUUGUCUCAGGUUUUUCACCAAGCAAGAGCAAAUACUCCGGCAAUAAUAUUCCUAGAUGAGAUUGAUUCUAUCUUAGGAUCCCGGUCACGCUGCAGAACUGGCCAUGGUGUCUCUGAGCGGGUUCUUUCUGUUCUUCUCAAUGAGUUGGAUGGUAUUGGGCUGAAAGUCACAGAAAGAAGAGGAAGCAAACUACAGCUUGAGGGUCAAUGUCAAGAACAAAGAGAUGAGGAGAGAGAGCUAGAGUUUCAGGAAACUUUGAACAAAGAUUUCAUGGUAGUUGCUGCAACGAAUAGGCCAGAUAUGCUGGAUGAUGCCUUAUUGCGUCCUGGAAGGCUAGACAAUGUGAUCUAUAUUCCACCUCCAGAUCUGAAGGGAAGGCUUUCUAUUUUGAAAAUCUGCACAGAAAAAAUUCCAUUAGAUACUGAUGUGUCAUUAGAAGAUGUGGCAGUGCUAACAGAUCUCUUCUCUGGAGCCGAUAUUGAAAAUCUGUGCAAGGAGGCUGCUUUGUUGGCAUUGCAAGAGAAUGGACUUGAAGCAACUGCUGUAAAACAUGAACAUUUUGUAAAAUCGUUGAGGACUGUAAAACCAUCCUUAAACAUAAAAGACUUGGAAUUUUAUGAAAAAUUUUAUAAUGAGGAAUUAGCUUCUUGA